AUGAUAACAGGUCUUGCCCACGUCAACCUGUUGGUUCCAGCCGACACGCUGCAUCACGCCGAGGAGUUCUAUGGCACAACGCUUGGGCUAACCCCAAGACCUGUGCCACAGCUGCAAAAGGGAUCGCUGGCUUGGUUUGAUAUCGGUUCUUCAGGUCAACAAGUCCAUAUCGCUCUCGAUAAAAACAAUUCCAAUUCCACCAAGUCUUCGCGCCACCCAUGCUUCAAGAUCGAAUCUCCAGACGCCUUGCUUGAAUUACGGCAACGGAUCUGGGAGCACCAUGAAAGAGGAGGCGAUUCUGCCCCUCAGGAAGCCGACCGACCGGGGAAGGUAAAUAGCGGGUCUCAGGGUGCCGAAUACCCUUCGCGAUUCUUUGCGCGUGACUAUGCGGGUAAUAGAUUGGAGUUCAGUCUGUAGGUAGCAAAUCGGGCCAAUGUGCUGUCUCUC